UUUACAAGAUGGCCGACUCCGCAUACUUCAUGAUGUGAACACGUUCGGCUCCCGCAUCAAAAUGCUCGCUAAAUGUUUGUUAACGAUGAAUUUAUCAGCGUGGAAUGUUUUCAGAAACAAGAUUUGGAAAAAAGAUAUAUAGAAUGAAACCAACAUUUCAAAUCUGAGACUUCAAUUUAUCAAAUGAAAUUUUACUUGGAGACUGGUGAUUGUGAACCUUUCAAGUGUGUUCUAAGUCUGUGCUGUGCUGGUACACCUCUGGGACAGCCUUCCUGGGUGAAUAAAGUUCACUCUCAAAAUGUCUCAUUCAGCAAAAGUACCGAAAGGAAAGCCAGCAUUGCGGGUCAAAAUUAUCAGUAUGGGGAAUGCUGAAGUUGGGAAGAGCUGCAUCAUUAAAAGAUACUGCGAGAAAAGAUUUGUCAACAAAUACUUGGCUACGAUCGGUAUUGACUAUGGUGUAACAAAAGUGACCCAAAAAGAAAGAGAUAUCAAAGUCAAUAUCUUUGACAUGGCUGGGCACCAUCUCUUUUAUGAGGUUCGAAAUGAGUUCUACAAAGACACUCAAGGAGCAAUCUUGGUCUACGAUGUCUCGAGUCGCGCGAGUUUUGAGGCCUUGGACUACUGGAUGGAAGAACUGAGCAAUGAAGUAACAAACAAGUCAGAGGCUGACAGUAUUGUCGUUUGUGUGUGUGCCAACAAGACUGACCUUCGUCGUGCUGUGGAUGAGUCUGAAGGUCGUCUGUGGGCAGACGCUCAUGGCUUCCAUUUCUUUGAGAUGUCCGCACUGUCUGGUGAAGGGGUCAAUGAGAUGUUUGAGGCAUUGUUUCAGGGCGUCGUGCAGACGUGUGAGAACGGAGGCAGGCGUGAGCCAAUCACAACGCAGCUAGGCUACACUAAAGAGCAGAUCGAGGCGAUACAGAAGUUAAAAAACGCAAGAAGUGACCAUGAGCGACUUGGACUAAUGCCGGGGGCUUCAAAGGACGAAGUGAACAAAGCAUAUCGACGGCUGGCUGUCCUACUUCACCCCGACAAGAGUGUUGCUCCAGGCAGUGAGGAGGCCUUCAAGCUUCUCGUCUCGGCCCGAACAGCCCUUCUCAAAAGGUGCCAGUGACCCAACGCGUCCAGUAGGGAACCAAUGGGUCUCACGGAGACCCAGCACAUCUUACAGAGAAUUUACACAUCUCUUGGUGACCCAACUCGUCUCAUACGAUAUGAAUUGCAUAUCUAAUUACGGUCUCUUUUCUUUUCUGAGACUGAUUUAAGUUACCAGCUUCUUCCUUUCAGUCAGAAGGAAAAAGAAGCUGAGUUAUAUAUAUCAUUGUUGUCAUUCAACAUUUUUGUUUGUCAAUAUUUUUUUUCAAACUCGAAAAUCAAAUGUAUGUUUUACAGUUUGAUGACUCACAUCGAUUGAUCAUAGUCUCAUUUUUCUUUUAAAAAGAAAUAGAUUUAAAUGGAUUCAACAUUUUUUAAAAACAUAGUAAUACUUUGCCUGAAGUUCAAUAGUUUUUUUUGCUCAUCCUGAACACUGAAAAUCUAGUAUUUUGACUUACGACUAUGAUGAAUGACAGGGAUGAUAUAUGGACACAACAGUGGUUGUACUGUUUGGGGGUAAAAAUGUAUGAGACAACAGACAGACAUACAAGACAAGACAGAUGGCAGGGGAAAAGGGUUUGGCUGAACCCGAUUCUUCAUUUAAUCAUGGACAAACUUGCUUGACUUGAAUCUGUAACUCACUGCCUACCAGCUGCAUUUCCCAUUACUCUCUCCUGUGUACCCGCCAUUUCAAAUGUGUAUCUUUUAAAUUAUCCCUACGAAACAACUAACUGAUGUAGAGUCGUAAAUAUAGUUGCGAUAAAAACUCAAUAAAAUAAAUUAUGAACUUGAAACCGCAAGGGCUGCAGUAAAGAUAGGUAGUUGACACAGUCUUGAGCACAGCAUUUGCAGCAUGGAUAGGCAGUGAGUUGAUGUAAGACUGAUUACUAUACGUUUAUGUCGGCAUUUUUGCUGCUGCUAGACAGGGCAGUAUUUGUAAUGAGGUUUGACCGUUCGGUCAUGCUUGAUCUUGUUGGUCCAAGGGAAGGCCUUUUUUUUUUUUCAUCUUAGCACGAGUGAGUUUGUGGUGCAAACUAGAACAGAAGAAUGUGUUGAAUCUGCACUUUGAUGAAAACUUGCAUGCGCUGUGAAAAAAACUGAGACUAGAAUGUGUGGUCUAUCUGAGUUUUAUCUUUCCUACAGAGUGUGUUUUUUUUCCAUUAUUUCAUAUUUAUGUAAACUCAAGCUUGUUGUGUAAACAUUUGUUUAGAGCUGCAACAAGAGUAUUGACUAAGGACAUAAUACUUGUCAACUUAUGUGUGUAUUAUCCAGUUCUGAUGACACAAAAUGACAAAAGAUAUGUGGUGCUUACUGUGCAGUUGAAAAUGAAAAUGGGUAAAGAUUAUGAAAAAGUGAUUUAUGUCUAUUUGAGCACAAGUCUAUUUUAGUUUCAUAAAAAGACAUUUUGAGAAUUUCAGAGCAAGACUGAUAAUUGGAAAGAUGUUGAUCCUUGGUAAAUAAAGAAUAUGUUAUGGAACAAUGAUGAGCCUUAAGCCAUAAAAAUGAGUUUGGAUUUUAUUUGUGUUCAGCCAAAUUUACCCUAAUUCCUCAAUGCAACUCUUGUUAAGUGGGCUAUCACAUAAUAUGUAAUCAUUAUAGUUAUUAUUUUUAUAUGUAAUUUGUAAUUCAUUUUGUCCUCAGAAAUUGUACGUAAGUCUUGUAUGUUGUCACUGUCACGUGACCAAUGAUUAAGUCUGAUUUUUACACACCUUGUGAAGAAAAGUAAAACAAAAAUGUUCAUUUUGCUUUGUAACCAUGGCAAUGUAUUAUAUGUUUGUUUCAUGAGUCAGUUAUUGUAUGUGAUUUGCUUUGAUGGUUGUGAAUAUUUACCCUUAAAUUAUUUGUGGUCACCUGCAUUCCUGCAUAGAUAAUUUCUAAUCCAAAUAAGGCAAGAAAGCUGUGAGAUAAUGAUUGUUUCUAUUUCAGUGUCAAUGGGAUUUUGCAGGGUAAAGUUUUGUAAUAUAGUGGUUUACAGUUUCUUUUGGACUUUGUAGUAUUUUUCGUAGCAAUUUUGGGGGGUUCAGUUGGGAUGUAGUAAAGGCCUGUUUGUUCAUAAACUGUGCCAAUCUGUGUAAUGUUCUUGUAUUAUGACCUCUAGCUGGCUACCAUAUUUGUGUCAUUCCGUCCACUAUGUGAUUGUUUUUUACUCUCUUACAACAUUUAUUGUAGUCUAUACGACAUUGCCAUCAGUAUGAUCUUAUUUAUCAGCAUUAGCUGUGGAAAUAUGUAAUUUUUGUGCUUUCAAAAGUCUCCUUCUAUGUUCUAUGACAUUUACCAUUCUGUGAGCUACUUAAAGUUCUUAAAUUUAACAUAGUACUCUGUGGAGUUGACCAUUGUUAUUAUAUAAUAAUGAACUUUAAAAUAAUAAAUUGGUUUUUUAAUCAUUGACUUGUU